AGACCAUGUGUACUUCAAGUGCCUUUGUAUCUGAUCAGUGAUCACACACCACACAAAUUGCCUCUUCUCUACUCCUCCAUGUUUUCAUAGAUUUUUCCCACUUCCCAAACUACUAUAUAUACACAAACAUGGGUUUCUAGCUCCACAGCCAAAUCAAAUUCCCAACUAGGAAAAGAAAAAUCAUUUGACAUUUUAUAUUGUCAUCAUCCAGAAAAUUUCAUAGAGCCAUGGCUAUUCGUUUGCCUGGUAUUAAGCAAGCUACUCAGAUUCUUCGCCGAUCAAAUUCAACGUCGAAUGGCGUUCCUAAAGGCUACUGUGCUGUUUAUGUAGGAGAAACACAGAUGAAGAGAUAUGUAAUUCCAGUAUCUUUGUUGAACCAGCCUUCAUUUCAAGAAUUACUAAGCAAGGCCGAAGAAGAAUUCGGCUUCAACCAUCCAAUGGGUGGACUCACAAUUCCAUGCAGUGAAGACAUCUUCGUUGAUUUAAUUUCCCACUUGACUAGAUUGUAAGCUGCAUUAGGAAGAAUGAACAAACAAUUUUGUAAAUCUUGUAGAAUUUUUUUUCCCAAUUUCCUUUUGAUGGAAGAAGAGAUGAGAAUAGAACAAUCAUUUCUAUAUAUCCAGAGCUUGUCAUAUUUACAGUAUUCUUUUAUAUUUUCCGCACUAUCUCAAAUAUAAUCUAUAACAACAUGUCCUGACAUGCUAUCAGAAAAACUAUCAGCGGUCACAUGUAAUAAUAGUUUCACAUUAAUUUACAGUAUUAUUAGACAUGAUAUACUGUUUAUUACUUGUUAUUUCGAUAUCUAAAUAUGUUGUCUUGAUGUUAUGUUUUACUUGAUUUUGAAUUAGUAAGACGAAAUCUCUUAUGAUAUUGAAUUGGAGCCAAGGCAAUAGCGUCUAAAUCAAGCCCUAAGAUGUUUUUCAAGUAACUAAAAGAUUAAUUUUACUACACAGAGAGGACCCAUGAAAGGCCUAUUGUUGGCAGGAACAUGCCUGGAAAGGAAAAUAGAUGGAACAGAGAAAAAAUGCGGUGGCUCGGCAGUUGGAACCCACCAUUCUGGUUAGACAUGGCUACAAUAAUUGUCCUUAAAUAUUUACUACGCCAUUGUGGGCACAUUUUGAUGGCAAGCGGGGGUGGUCUGGUGGCCAGUAGGACAUCAUCCACCCAAUCUUCAUUGGUGUUUGUCUUCCAUGUUCAUGUCCAAGAGCCAUAAAUGAGUUCCUGCCUAGAGCUUUAUUAAAAAAAUUCAGGAAAUAACAAGAUUUUCCUGUCAGCUUUUCUUUAAUUUUCCUGACAAGGACUUGCUAGACAGUACCAUGUGAUCCUUGGGUUACCUAUGUCUCCCAGAAAGCUCCACCAAGAAGCCUCUUCACCACUCAUUUAUACUAAUAAUAGAUUUUCUCACAUACCCUUUGAUCUAUAUAUACUCAUAUAUCACCCCACAGCCAACUCAAGUCAUCAAGCAUCACAUUUUCUACUUGCAAACCAAACUUUUCUCUCCUUCCUUUAUCGUUUCUGCAAAUUUUCAGCUUCCACAGAAUUAAUCACAAUGGCUAUUCGUUUUCCUGCUAUUGCACAUGCUAAGCAGAUUCUUCGUCGAUCAAACUUGCUUCCAAAUCAAUCUGCUUCAAGUUUUACAGAUGUUCCAAAAGGCCACCUAGCAGUAUAUGUUGGAGAAGGCCAAAAGAAGAGAUUCAUAGUUCCAAUAUCGUUGUUGAACAAGCCUUCAUUUCAAGAAUUGCUAAGAAAGUCUGAGGAAGAGUUUGGAUUCAAUCAUCCAAUGGGUGGUAUUACAAUUCCAUGCAGAGAAGACAUCUUUGUCAGCUUACUUCACGUUUGAAUCGAUCAUGACCUGUAAAAUAAUCAAAGGCAAUUUUGUACAUUGUUAACAUUAAUUUUGUUCUUUCACAAUGAGAUUUAAAGAUAAAUAUAGUUCUUGAAUGUUACUCUA